UUUCAGACGCCUUGUGGAUCGGACGCAGCAACGCCUAGAAAACUACAAACAGAACCAUGAGCUCCAGCAAGAUUGCUCUUCUUAGCGUUUCGGACAAGACGGGUCUGCUCGACUUGGGCAAGCGGCUUGUGGCGCUGGGCUUUGACCUGGUGGCCAGUGGAGGCACGGCCACAGCCCUGCGUGCUGCCGGCCUCAAGGUCAAGGAUGUGUCCGACAUCACUGGGGCACCCGAGAUGCUCGGCGGACGUGUGAAGACGCUGCAUCCUGCUGUUCAUGCUGGCAUCCUGUCGCGCACGACCGACAGCGAUCUCGCCGACAUGUCCAAGCAGGGCUACGGUCUGGUCCAGCUGGUGGUGUGCAAUCUGUAUCCGUUUGCCAGCACCAUAGCCAAGCCCGAUGUUACGCUCGCCGAUGCUGUGGAGAACAUCGACAUUGGCGGCGUCACUCUGCUGCGGGCGGCGGCCAAGAACCAUCAGCGCGUGACUGUCGUCUGUGAGGCUGUCGACUACGAGCGGAUUCUGGCCGAGAUCAGCGCCAAGGGCGACACCACGCUGGAGACGCGCCAGUCGCUGGCCCUCAAGGCCUUCACGCACACAGCCAGCUACGACGAUGCCAUCUCGGACUACUUCAGGAAGCAAUACGGAUCGGGUGUGUCCCAGCUGCAGCUGCGCUACGGCAUGAAUCCGCACCAGAAGCCGGCCCAGCUGUACACCCAGCUGGCGCAGUUGCCAUUGCGUGUGCUCAAUGCCUCGCCGGGGUUCAUCAAUCUCUGCGACGCGCUCAAUGGCUGGCAGUUGGUCAAGGAGCUGAAACAGGCACUAAAGCUGCCGGCAGCCACCAGCUUCAAGCAUGUGUCGCCCGCCGGUGCCGCUGUGGGUGUGUCGCUCAGUCCUGCCCAGGCUAAGCUCUGCAUGGUGGACGAUCUGUACGAGCAGCUGACUCCGCUGGCUACGGCCUAUGCCAGGGCACGUGGUGCCGAUCGUAUGAGCUCGUUCGGCGACUUUGUGGCGCUGUCCGAUGUCUGCGAUGUGGUCACCGCCAAAAUCAUUUCCCGCGAGGUAUCCGAUGGCAUCAUUGCCGCUGGCUACGAGCCGGCCGCUCUGGAAAUCCUCAAGAAGAAGAAGAAUGGCAGCUACUGCAUUCUGCAGAUGGAUCCCGGCUACGAGCCAACCGCCGUGGAGCGCAAAACCAUCUUUGGCCUGACGCUGGAGCAGAAGCGCAACGAUGCCGUCAUCGAUGCCUCGCUCUUCGCCAAGGUCGUGAGCAAGCUGAGUCCCCUGCCAGAGGCAGCUGUGCGGGACCUCAUUGUGGCCACCAUUGCGUUGAAGUACACGCAGAGCAACUCCGUUUGCUAUGCCCGCGAUGGCCAGGUCAUUGGCAUCGGUGCCGGCCAGCAGUCAAGAAUCCACUGCACUCGGCUGGCCGGCGAGAAGGCCGACAACUGGUGGCUGCGUCAGCAUCCCAGUGUGGCCGGCAUGAAGUUCAAGGCUGGCGUGAAGCGCGCCGAGAUAUCCAAUGCCAUCGACAACUACGUGAAUGGCACUGUUGGCAAGGACAUGCCCCUGACCCAGUUCGAGAGCAUGUUCGACAAGGCGCCGCAGCAGUUGACGGCUCAGCAGAAAGUGGAGUGGCUGAAGCAGCUGAGUGGCGUGGCCCUCGGCUCCGAUGCCUUCUUCCCCUUCCGCGACAACAUCGAUCGCGCCAGCCUGAGCGGUGUGUCGUACAUUGCCAGUCCUGCGGGCUCUACCAAUGAUGCUGGCGUCAUAGCAGCCUGCGAUGAGCAUGGCAUCAUCAUGGCCCACACCAAUCUGCGUCUGUUCCAUCAUUAAUGGGCCCCCCCCUAAACAUUACCAGUUACCGACUGUAACUCGCUCUCUCCACAACUCUGUCUCCAAUCCAACUGCCUCUUGCCCACAUUCCAUGCCCAAUAAAAGAAUAGAUUUAACCUUUAGUUAGUUAAACGAACGCUGCCUCGA